AACACUAUAAAAUAGCGACUUGGUUGAAAAUAGGCUAAUAGAGUAAGAGAGAGUAUCAAAUCUCAAUAACCGAAGAACAAUUCAAGACUUGAGACUUAGAGUGGCAAUGGGGAAUUUGACUCGCAGUCUGAAGAACGCAGCCAUUGCGUUUCUCGUUCCCCUUCCCUCCAUUAUCUUCUACAUCUCCUUCCUCAACCACUGCCACCAUCUUCAUGAUGCCAAACCAAACGACGACGUUUCCCUUUCUUUGUCACCUCUCUGGAAAUGGUGCUAUGAUCACCCUCUUCUACUGGCUAACUUCCUCUUCUUCUUCAAUGUCAAUGUUCUCUUCUGGGUCAUCAGUCAUAUUCUCUCCAGCAAUUGGAUGAUUGACUUGUACUGGACGGUGAUACCCGUGAUGCUGGCUCAUUACUAUUCCACUCACCCUUUGGCUCAGUAUAACUUGUGGAGAUCGAGGAUUGCGAUUUUGCUGACUUGGGUAUGGAGUUUGAGGUUGACCCAUAAUUAUUUUAGGCGAGAAAAAUGGCAGUGGGGUGCCAAGGAGGACUGGAGGUUCACCGAUAUGCGUCUUCAGUAUGGAAAACACUGGUGGUGGAUCUCCUUUUUCGCCGUCUACGUUUCCCAGCAGGUGUUUAUCAUUGGUAUAUGUCUUCCGCUGUAUGCAAUCCACUCAGUGGAUGGACCAUUGAACAUUUGGGAUUUUGUUGCCAUUGUCGUUUGCCUGUCUGGCAUAGCCAUUGCCUUCUUUGCUGACACACAACUCAAUGAGUUUGUGACUCGAAAUGAGAAGCUAAAGGAGCUUGGGAAGCCAGUGGUGGCCAAUCUUGACAGGGGCUUGUGGCAAUUUUCUCGGCAUCCAAACUACUUCGGAGAGCAAUUGUGGUGGUGGGGUCUAGUUAUCUUUGCUUGGAGCCUUGGACAAGGAUGGACCUUUGUUGGCUCUCUUGUCAAUACUAUGUGUUUAGCUUAUGUGACUAAGCUUGUGGAAGAUCGGAUGCUGAAACAAGCUUACAGAGCAGAAGCUUACAAGCUAUAUCAGAAGACAACAUCAGUUUGGAUACCUUGGUUCAAGUCAUCUGCAAUAGCAGAAAAAGAUAAGAACAAUUAGUUUAAUUAAUUUUUACACUUUUUUGUUCUCUCAAUGUUGUCAAAUUGUAGAUUUUUUUUAAUGUGUAUUGAUCUAUAUAUAUAUCGUGUGUUUCUUUUCAUGUUGUUCACGAACUUGUUAUUUAUCUGAAAGAAGGGUGGAUUUUUUUUUUCUUUA